AUGGCAUCCUCAAGGACUAUGUCACGGACACUGGCCGCCCUCACCCGGCCUGUCACGGAAACAGCCCCGCGAGCAGUUCCACGAUGGACUCGUUCACUCAGUACAGUCCGAUCUCAGAUCCCCUCUGUUUCUUCUACCUCACGACCACUUGCGCAACGACAGCGCAUCCUUAAGACGACAGCACCGAGUCUCGCUGGUAUCGGCAGCGGCGUCCGAACCAUCUUCAUCCAGACGGAGAAUACCCCAAACCCAGAUGCCCUCAAGUUUCUACCAAACCAUCGAGUUGUCCCCGAGGAAUUCUCUACGCCUUUUAUCGAAUAUCUUAACCCCCGGGCGACCAUCUCCCCGCCGCACCCCUCUCCGCUUGCCGCUAAGCUCAUGAACAUUGAUGGAGUUACUUCGGUAUUCUACGGCGCCGACUUCAUCACCGUCACCAAGGCUGCCGAUGCCAAUUGGGCGCAUAUCCGGCCCGAGAUCUUUGCUCUCAUUACAGAAGCUAUCACUGCAGGCGAGAAAAUUGUUACCAUCUCUGAGCGACGCGAGGGAGAGUCUGGUGCCCCUGUCGAGGAGGAUAGUCUUGCUUAUAACGAAAACGACAGCGAGGUCGUUGGUAUGAUCAAGGAGCUUCUCGAGACACGAAUCCGACCAGCUAUCCAGGAAGACGGUGGAGAUAUUGAUUUCCGAGGUUUCGAUGAUGAGGGCUAUGUGCACCUGCGUUUGCGAGGCGCUUGCCGUACAUGCGAUUCAAGCACAGUGACCUUGAAGAACGGAAUCGAGGGCAUGCUGAUGCAUUAUAUCGAAGAAGUCAAGGGUGUUAAACAAGUGAUGGAUCAAGAGGAGGAAAUUGCCCUGCAAGAAUUUGAGAAGUUUGAGGAAAAGCUGAAGCAGCAAAAAGGCCAGACUGCUUCAACGGGAUAA